CCCUCGGGCGCGCGCUUCCCGCGCGUCACCGCUCUGACCCGCCCCGUCCAGGGGGCGUGGUCACCGCCAACGCAGCCAAUGUUUGCUGUGUGUUCAUGUGACGUCAUUAGGGCGUGGCCGGGGCGGAGGAGCCGCUAUGGCGUAUCCGGGGCAGGGCUUCCCCGGCGCAGGACAGCCCCCCCCGGUCGGCCCCUACCCCGGGGCUCCCUACGGCGGGGGACCACCCCCGGGACCCUACGGGCAGCCCCCACCGGGGGGUCCCUACGGCGGGGGGCCGCCCCCGGGAUCCUACGGGCAGCCCCCGCCUGGGGGUCCCUACGGAAGCCCCUACGGUGGCCCCCAGCCCGGGCCCUACGGCGGGGCAGCCCCGGGAGGGAAUGCCCCCCCGGGGGUGGAUCCCGAGGCGUUUUCCUGGUUCCAGACGGUGGACACGGAUCACAGCGGGUUCAUCUCCGUGAAGGAGCUGAAGCAGGCGCUGGUCAACAACAACUGGUCCUCGUUCAACGAUGAGACCUGUCUGCUCAUGAUCAACAUGUUCGACAAGACGCGGUCGGGGCGCAUCGACGUCUACGGCUUCUCGGCGCUGCUGCGCUUCAUCCAGCAGUGGAGGAGCCUCUUCCAGCAGUACGACAGGGACCAGUCCGGCUCCAUCAGCUUCAGCGAGCUCCAGCAAGCUUUCUCCCAGAUGGGCUACAACCUGAGCCUGCAGUUCAGCCAGCUGCUGCUGGCCCGGUACUCGCAGCGUUCCUCCAGCCCCAGCAUCCAGCUGGACAGGUUCAUCCACAUCUGCAUGCAGCUGCAGAGCCUCACCGACGCCUUCCGCGAGAAGGACGCGGCGCAGCAGGGCAGCGCCCGCCUCAGCUACGAGGAUUUCCUCACCAUGGUGGUGACACGCAUGCUGUGACACCCCCUGCUCCCGAGGAUGGGGAUUGUGGAGCUCUCCAGGAGCUUCUGCCAUCCUCAUCUUCCCUCUGGGGAGGAGUUCACAAGAGUUUCCCCCCGCCCCGGGCCAAAUUUCCAGCUUGAUGCGCCCCAAAUCCUGCCGGGGUUUUGGGUUCCGUGUGCCAGGGAGUUGGGAUGAACCCCACGCCAAACUGGGGCAGCCAAACCAGCUCAGAUCCCCGUGCCAGCCCCGAAUUCCCAACUCAUCCCGAGGUGCCUGCAGCAGGACAUCCCUGUUCCGGGGAGGAAGAGCUGAGCCUUGGGUUGGGAAGCAGCAGGAAAGGGGAAAAAUGAGGACAAAGCCCCUUCCUUCCCUCCCUGAGCGCCCUGGGAUCACAUCCUGCCCCUGGGAACGCUUUCCUAGGGGUCUCAUCCCAAUUUCUGGGAGGCUGCAGGAAUGGGAUGCGCUGCUGCAGCCCCAUGGGAUCUGUUGCCAAUCCUGAAGCCAAAUCCAGACAAUUCGAGCUCAGUUUUUCCAGCUUUGGAAUAAAAGGCGUCGUGCUCCAGC